AUGAAAGAAAAUUCAAACGUUAUUGGUCAGGUUGAUGUUGAAAGUGGAAAAGAGGAUACGUAUGGAGACAUGGUGGACAGAAGUAUAAGAUGUGCUUUGUGGAUGAAAAAUGAAAAUUUAAAACCAGGUGAUAUUGUUGCAAUAUGUACAAAUAAUCAUUUGGAUUCGAUUAUUCCUUGUUUAGCAUCUUUAUACACUGGUGUUUUAUUUAAUCCAUGGUGGGAUCAUGGAUUAACGAAAGAAACAGCUAAUAUAGCUCUUGAAGUUUCGAAAGAAGAAAAUAUUGAUAUCAAGAUAAUUGUUUUUGGUUGUACAUCUGCUUCACUUUCAUUCAAUGAAAUAAUUCAAAAACAAGACAUCAAACAAGUUGAAAACUUUAAAUGUAACAAAUUUGAAAAUAGCGAUCAACCAGCAUUUAUCGUCUAUACUUCUGGUACAACUGGAUUACCAAAAGGUGUUUUACAUUCACACAAAUCUCUAUUUGGUAAUACCAGAAUGACAGAGGAAAUGACUCAUAAUAAAUGUAUUGCUCUGUGUUAUUCAACAUUGUGCUGGACCACUGGAAUUACAUUUUCAUUUUUAUCAAUUGCACGUAUUGAUAAACGUAUUGUUGCAAAUAAUUACAGUCCUAAACAGAUGUGUCAACUUGUUGAAAAAUAUCAAAUCAAUUGGAUGUUCCUGGGUAUAAGUCCAACAAAUCGUCUCAUUACUUCAGGAGAAAUAUCAGAGCAUGAUAUGUCAUCAAUUGAAUAUACAUGGAUUGGUGGUUCUGUCUUAAAAGAAGAAUCACAAAAAAUACUCCAACAAUUACUGCCAUCUGCUCAAAUCACACAAAUAUAUGGAAUGACAGAAUUUUGUGGAAUAGUAGUUUAUCAAACGAAUGAUGAAAAAUUAAAUUCAGUUGGUACGAUAGCUAAAAAUAUACAGAUGAAAAUUGUUGAUCCAGUGAAUCGAAAAAUAUUAGGACCAAAUGAAAAAGGUGAGGCAUGUUUUAAAUCACCUCACAUGAUGAUUGAGUAUUACAAUAAUCCAGAAAAAACUGAAGAGGCAUUCGACACUGAUGGAUGGAUGUAUACUGGUGAUUUGUGUUAUUACGAUGAAAGUGGAUCUAUAUUUAUUAUUGAUAGAUUAAAAGAACUUAUAAAAUGCAGAGGUCAUCAUGUAUCACCAGCUUUUGUUGAACAAUUGAUAAAAACAAUUCCUGGAGUUAUUGAAGCUGCUGUUGUUGCUGUGGCUGAUUUUGAAGAUAAUGAAAGACCCUUUGCUUUCGUUACAAAAAUACCAGAUACAAUUAUAUCUAAAGAGGAUGUUAGAAAAUUAGUCGAGGAUAGAUUACCGGAACAAAUGAAGUUGCGAGGAGGUGUUGAAUUUUUAAAUGAGAUUCCAUACACUGCAUCUAGUAAAAUAAAUCGUAUGAAAUUGAAAAAAAUUGCAUCGGCUUAUGCUCGAAUAUCAUGCACUGCGUGA